AUGUGGGAAGGUUUGGAGGGUGCAAAAUCCUUCUCUGGAAAAGACAUGAAAAAUUUCAGAAGCCCCCCCAGACUAAAGCCCUAUAAAUGUGAGGAAUGUGACCUAUGCUUUGGUCAAAGGUCACACCUUGUUAGACAUCAGAAAAUCCACACUGGAGAGAAACCCUAUCAGUGUCUGGAAUGUGGGAAUUUUUUUCGUAGAAUAGAUAGUCUCAGAAACCACGAGAGAAUUCACACAGGGGAGAAGCCUUACACGUGUUGGGAAUGUGGGAGGAGCUUUUCUCGGAACGCAGGUCUUUGGUGCCAUGGGAAGAUUCAUGCAGGAAUAAAAUCUUACAAAUGCUUUGAGUGUGGAAAAUGUUUCACCCUGAGUUCAUCUCUUCGGAGUCAUGAGAAAACACACAGAGGGGAGAAAAACGAAAAGUGCCUCGAAUGUGGGAAAUGUUUUAUCUCGAAAUCACACCUAGUGCAACAUCAAAGACGUCACACCAGAGAGAGACCCUAUGAAUGCCCAGAAUGUGAGAGACGAUUUAUGUUUCCUUCUGUGCUUCGGAGACACCAGAAGGGACACAAACGGGAGAAACCCUAUCAAUGUAGGGAGUGUGGGAAAGGUUUUCUUACACAAAGAGAUCAUCAGAGGCUUCACACAGGAGAGAAGCCAUACAGAUGCGUAGAAUGUGGGAAAUGUUUUGGAAACCUUUGGACACAUCAUAAAACCCACACAGGGGAGAAAUUAUACAGAUGCCUAGAAUGUGGAAAAUGUUUUGCUCAACAGAUAAACCUUUGGAGACAUCAUAAAACCCACACAGGGGAGAAACCACAUCAAUGUAUCGAAUGUGGACAAUUUUAUUCUACCACAUCAGAUCUUAGAAGUCAU